GACAAACAACAUCGUCACCUAAACAUACAUUCCUUGGCAAGCAAGUUGUCCACAUUCAACAGAAAGCAAAAGCACUACAAUUUGAUUCAGGAAUUGUGAUAGAAACUUCAGGAGGCUUUAUUUCUGGAAAGAACUAAAUGUGUUACCCACCGGACGUAUGAAUAGAGCUGAAUAUUACGCCUUCCAAUUGUUAUAUUAAUUUUCUUAUAAAGGCAAUUAGAUAUGGAAAAGAGAGUACCACAUACCAAUGCUAAAGACGGAUUACAAAGAAGUUUUUCAGAAUCCACAGUUUGGGACUUUUUAGACGCGACUGUGGAUCGACAUUUCAGGGAAAAGCGUCCUUUGAUGGAUGGUAAAGUUACUAGACAAUUGCACAAGAGGAAGAAGGAAUUUGAUGAUUUUCCGAGAAGAAAUGAGAAUGCGGAAACCAAUCAUGUCCUUCGACCAGAAUUACCAAAAGCAAUACAAAUUUCAGAAACCCCUAAAGCAUCGAAUGGUUUAAGCCGAUCUCAAAGUGGAACCCUCGGAAUGGACUCUGGCGGUUCUGCUACGAGUAUUACCUAUCGCGAACAACGUUCGUAUGUCACAGAAACCAACAGUACAGGAGAUGAACAGGGUAUAUACUCAGCAGAUUACCAUAAUGAAGCUACGGAUGUAGAUGAAUCCGAGGAUGAAGAUACUCAAAUGAAAAGCAUUCAUGAACUUCGGUUUGCAGGUGAAAAACAGAGAAUCAUGGACGAAAUAGAAUACUUAAUAGAUGGAAUAUCUUCUAAAAGCAACUCGGCAAACUCAAGAUACAACAGCUUUAUGGAAAUUUGUGAACAAAUAUACCAGCGCAUGUUUCGAACCUGUUUAAAGUCUUCACAGGAUUUGCAACAGCGCAUAUUUUCAGAAGUUUUACCCGAAGAUAAGUUACAAACAAUCUUACAAAUAUAUAUUUUUUCCUCCAUGGCAGAUGAAAAUGAUUUUGUUCAAUCUCUCUUGGAAAACUGCUCCAAAGACAUCUCCAAACUGUUCCGUUCAGCCAUAACCGAACACGAUCAACGGCCAAUUCGAGCGCUAAUUGGAACUUAUUCCAAGACUAUUCAAUCAUCAUUUCAAGAAUUAUUUAAUUAUCCAUCCCCACUGACAAAAGAAUUCAGUAAUGAGCCUUUACUUUCCUGUAAUUUAUUAUCGUUGGUUGCUAUCGCAUUGAUGAAGGCUUGUGAUGGUCCUUUUAGCGGUCAUGACCUUUUUCUCUACUUAUUGAAGCUAGAAGUAGAACAUGCUAUAACAUUUCUUUUGGAAAACGGAACUCAACAAACGUUUUUGCUCUUUUCUAUCGCGGCUACCCUUGAUAAAGCUGAGACUUAUACUUGGGAUGAUGAUGUUUUAGAAAAACUUUAUGAUCUUUUGUCCUUCCUCUUGAAAAAUUUACUUAAAGACAGUGAACAAAUGAGGAACAUGGAAACAGGCGAUUCAAUGCAUUUUCUUAUGAUUGCUUGUUGCGAGAAACUACUUCGAACCUUGAUUCGUUCAGUCAAUUCAGACAGCUCUUCUGUUUCCACUCUUUGUAACUCCGAGCUUCCAAAGAAGCUCUUUGAGGUAUUAAACAAUUCCGUCUUUGUCAAGAGCAGGUCCACCGAAGAACUUGUUAUGAUGAGUUUAGGUCUUUUGCUAGAAAUAAGUGAAGAAUCUGAACAGUUUGUCAAAACUCUUCCAAAUUUCCAAGUGAAUACAACUCAAACUAUGUUAGACGUCUUGCUUCAGUUUUACAAAGAACAGAAGCCAAAAGUUGAAUUAAGCGGAUAUGCUGCUAUGCUUUUAAUUCAUUGUAUUGUUGCUGAUCCACGAGCAUUUGAUCAAAUCGUACCCAUGGCACCUCAGUUAAAAACAACUCUCAUCGAAUUCAAACAGUUUCAUAUAAAUUUAAAAGAAGAGUUAAUGUUAUUUGGUACACAAGGUCUUGCUAUAGUUUCUAUAGUUGAUGAUACCUUAGAGUCUCUCGAGAAGACCUUAACGUAACCGAUGCCCUUGGAUAGAGUUCAGACU